CUCAUGGUUUGAAGACACACGCAACUCAGUUCUCACACAUGGAAUCGUUGAUCGUCUUGUGAAGCCCAGCGCGCGUGUGUGUGUGUGUGGAACCGGCGGCUGCUUUGCACGCAAACCAAAACACUUCUUCACAUUCGGUCUGUCCAUCGCUUACGGGCUUGUGCGUUUGUUUAUCUUGUGCUCAAUAUUUUUUCCCCCCCAAAUAAUUAAUUUUCCUCCGACUAUUUUUCGCAUGUGAGAUUGUUAUUUUCGCCCCGUUCGGAGACAAGGAGGACUAUCCAAGGCUUUCAUUGAAAUCUCCACAUUUUAAGAAGCAACAAUGGAGAAAAUGUCAAGACAUCUCCCCGUGAGUUUUUUACCUUCAGCGACACACGGCGUCCUCAAAUCCCUGUUGGAAAACCCGAUGAAGCUGCCUCUCCACCAUGAAGUGUACAGCAAGGAGCAGGAGAAGGAGAAGAGCCUGGAAGAGGAGAGGAACGCGCCCCAGUCGGCGUUCCUGGGGCCCACCCUCUGGGACAAGACCCUCCCGUACGACGGCAACAACUUCCAGCUGGAGUACAUGGACCUGGAGGAGUUCCUGUCGGAGAACGGCAUCUCCUCCAGUCCCGCCCAGAACCCCCUCCGCCACCCCCACCACCAGCACCAGCUCCACCCCCACCCCCACCUCCACGACCAGCACCCGCCACAGGCCCCGCCCCCCCCGCCCCAUCGCCAGCCGGCCGUCCAGAUGACCCCCGCCACCCCGGUCACGCCGUCGCCCUCGGUGAUGGACCUCAGCACCCACGCGGCUGUCACCGCCCCGCAUCAAUCCGCCAUGGUGUCGCCCACCUGCAUGCACAGCAGUCCCGUCAGAGCAGGCCUCCCCAACUCCAGAAACACACCGAGCCCCAUCGACCCGGACUCCAUCCAGGUGCCGGUGGGCUACGAGCCCGACCCGGCCGACCUGGUGCUGUCCAGCGUCCCGGGACAGGAGAUGUUCGACCCCCGCAAGCGCAAGUUCUCCUCUGAGGAGCUGAAGCCCCAGCCCAUGAUCAAGAAGGCCCGCAAGAUCUUCAUCCCCGAGGACUGCAAGGACGACAAGUACUGGGCCCGGCGCCGGAAGAACAACGUGGCGGCCAAGCGGUCCCGGGACGCGCGGCGGGUGAAGGAGAACCAGAUCGCCAUCCGGGCGGGCUUCCUGGAGAAGGAGAACAACGCCCUCCGGCAGGAGGUGGUGGAGCUGAGGAAGGAGCUCGGCCGCACCAAGAACGUCCUCACCAAGUACGAGGCGCGGCACGGGGCCCUGUGAGGCCGGGCAGGGGCUGAGACCACACACACACACACACAGGCAUAUACACACACACACACACACACACACACACACACGUGUACGCAGACACACACAUACAAGCAGACACACACACUCACACACACGCAGACGCACACAAACAUAUAAGCAAACACACACACACACACACACACUGCUGUACACACAUACACGCACACACAAGAACCCCAAACAUGCACUCAGAUACAGACAUCCCCCCCCCCCCCCC